AUGGCGCAAGACGUGGAGUUUGCUGUGUGCGGACCGGCCGGGCAAGAGAUUGGCAAGUUCCACCUGAAUUCCUCGUCACGCUGCGUAGAACUCAAGUUGCAGAUCGAGCAGAAGAUCGGUCCGCCGAGUGCAACGCAGCAGAUCAUCAUAGGAGAUCGGACCCUUGAAGACUCGGACUUGCUGCUGGUGCCUGGCUCUUCAACAGACUCUGUGAUCGUCACGCUGUUGCUGCACCUGCCCCAGGGUGUGUCUGAGCUGGAAGCCCGGUGGACGGCUCCAGCUUUGGCUGGUGGAUUCAUGGAGGAGCUGCAAGUGAUCACCGUCUCAGAGACAGACACAUGGGCGACCGUGACGAGGCGCGAUUGGGAGUUCGGUGGUAAAGACUUCAACGUCGUGCUCCCGAACAGUGCCAUCCAAUCUUGGGGUCUCGACCCUGAGUCUGGCAUGGUCCUCCUUGUGCGCUCCACGAGGGACCUGGACGAGCGUGCUCCCGAAGACCGAGGACAUGGCCUUUCCGAAAGUGAAGAUGACCAGGAUGUCAAGGGCAUGGGCAAAGGUCUUUGGAGGCGACGACCCUUCCUUGGGCCGGCAUCGCUGAUCAUUGUACCUUCCGAGGGUAACCCUACGGAGGUGCAGUUAGAUGUUGAUCACCCGCUGCACUGGACAGCGGAGAUACUUGCAGCUGAAGCUAUGCAGGGCUUUCCGGUGCCCUCCCUUGGCAUUGCAGUGGCGCGAGUGUUCAUCGGCUUCACCAAAGUGCAUCUCAUCUCACUGGAGCUAUGCCCGGCAGCAAUCAAGUGGCAGCGCUUGACAGCGCCAAGCACCACAUGUGAAGCAGUAUGCUUGGACAGGCAAAACCUGCGAGCUAUCUUUGUUCAGAGAGGUCUUGUUGGGCGCGAGGUGGUGUUCACACGGCUGCGCGGUGACAAGCCGUGUGAAAAGGUUGACCAGUUUCCUUUGCUUGGGGGCCCGUCCAAAAUGGUGAGCAGUAUUGCAUGGUCAAGCGUGUCUUCUUCCCUUCUACUCACCUUUGUCGGCGAGCAUGCAAUUCGGGUGUACCAGAAAGCUGGAUCCGUUUGGCAAGCUGCCAUGACACUCGGAGAUCCUUCCCGUCGGGGUUGCGCGGACGGUGAGGCUGGGGAACUGAUGUUUUGGUUCCCAAAAUGCGAUAACUUCGAUGGAAAGCUGACGUAUUCCCGCCCACUUAUUGCCGGUCCGUCUGGUACCGUUUUCGUGCACUCUGGCGGAGUCUUGAUGCGCUUGUCGGACAAUCUAUCCUCUGCGCGAAAAGUUACAUCAAUGAGGGAGGAGCUAUGGAUGUUGGACACUGAUGAAGGUACACCUUUCUUCCCGGAUGCUUACGAUGUCGCCGGAGUUCAUGACGAUAAAGUGUACAGGGCUUUGCGACAGAAUGACUUCAGAGGCCGUCUCCUCGUUCGCAGGUUGCAAGUGACUCCAGAUCUGCGGCAGGACCGAGGUCGGAUUCGAGAAACUGCUCCGGCAUUAUGGCCUAGCAUCAACGAGAAUCGCGUCAAUGACGCUGCUUUCGUCGACGAUGCUGAGCGGUACAUAUGUCAGAGAGCCUUGCGGCCAGUUCGCUAUUACGAGGAAGAUCGUGAAAGAUGGGAUGGAAACCCCCGGUGGUUGAGCGACGGCUGGCUCUGGUGCAAUACAGAAAUUCCCAAGGACGUCCGAGUCAACUCCGACGGUCGGCUCGUUGAUUUCACUUCCUGGGUGGAUCGCAAGCGCCACCGGGAGUGGGAGGAGUGGACCAGAGAGUGGUAUGAGUGGCAGCAGUGGCACGAGGAGCGGAACAGGCGAUGGCAGGAGGAGAAGCUGUGGGCCGAGGGCAAAGGCAAAGGCAAGGGCAAGCGCAAGAGCAAGGGCAAGGGCAAGGGCAAGGGCAGGGUCUAUGAUGAAGAUGACGCAGCCUAUGAAGCCUGGUACCGCCAGUAUAAAGAAGAGGAAGAAGCCUGGUACGUGCCCCUGAACCCUGGCAGUGCCAGGUUUCAGAGAUAUCAGCGGCUCUUCGAAGCGGAGUGCAGGAAGAUCUCCGCCAGUUCGACCUGA